CGACCACCCAUGCAGCUGCUCCAUCCGCACACCACGUGACCCAACUCCCCUCCACUACUUCAUUCAGCAUGAUGGCUGUGGAUGCUGCGGAUGCUCGCUGCCGCAUCCUGCAUCAUCUGCAUCUGACCGCCAUCCCUCACCUCCUACACCUCCUUCUCCUCCUCCUCCUCCUCCUCUCCUGGCUGCCAGCACCGACUUCAGCUCUGCUCGGUGUCCGGCCGGAGGACACCCAAAGCGGGGAUCUGUCCGUGCAGGAUGGCGUCCUGAGAGCCACGGAGGGGACUCGCUUCAUUUUACGGGUGUACUACUCGGAGCGUCCCAACAUGAACUGGAGCGGUGCAGCUGACUCAGCUCCAGCAGCUCCGUGGAUCGCUUUCAUAGAGGAGCAAGAAGGGGACAGCGGGGGGAGGUCCAGAGCGAACCCUUGCGAGGAGGAGAACGCCCGGAGCUCUGACAUUGAACUACUGGGCUCUUUCAAAUCCACCUCCAGUCACAACUCGGUGCUGGUGGAGCUUCUUGCCAAGCAUCUACGCCGAGGAGAGGCGGUGAAGUACUACUCCAUGUGCGCUUUUGACGGCAUCAGAUGGGAACACUUCAGCACCAGAGACUUCUGGCUGGCUGUGGUGGAGAGACCGGCAGAGGCGGACGCGUGGCUGCAAGCGGGAGUCUCCCUGCUCCUCCUGGGGCUCUCCGCGCUCUGCAGCGGGCUCAAUAUCAGCAUGCUCGCCCUGGACCCUGUGGAGCUGCGGGUCCUGCAGAACAGCGGCACAGAGAAGGAGCAGAAGUACGCACGUAAAAUAGAGUCUGUGCGUAAGCAUGGCAACUACAUCCUGUGCACUGUAGUGCUGGGUAACGUGCUCACCAACACAUGCUUUGUGGUUUGGAUGUGCCAGAUUUUAGGCAUGACCGUCCUCUCCACAGCCUCAUGCACUUUAGGGAUAUUCUUCAUAGGGGAGAUUUUGCCUCAUUCUGUGGCGUCCCGGCACAGCCUCGCCAUCGCCUCCAAGACCCUGUGCGCCACCAGGCUCCUGAUGCUCCUCUUCCUCCCCAUUGCCUACCCUGUCUCCAAGAUCCUGGACAUCCUGCUCCACCAGGAGAUCAGCAGCUUCUACACACGGGAGAAGCUGGUGGCUAUGCUGAGAGUCACAGAUCCAUACCACGACCUGGUCAAGGAAGAGCUCAACAUCAUCCAAGGAGCUCUGGAGCUGAGGACCAAGACGGUGGAGGACGUUCUCACCCCUCUAUCCGACUGCUACAUGCUCUCGUCAGAUGCUGUGUUGGACUUUGCCACCAUGUCUGAUGUGAUGCAGAGUGGCUUCACAAGGAUCCCAGUCUAUGAGAACGAGCGGUCCAACAUAGUGGACAUUCUGUUUGUGAAGGACCUCACCUUUGUUGACCCGGACGACUGCACCCCUCUGAAGACCAUCACUGAGUUCUACAAGCACCCCAUGCACUGCGUCUUCAAUGACACCAAGCUGGAUGUGAUGCUGGAGGAAUUUAAGAGAGGCAAGUCCCACCUGGCUGUGGUGCAAAGGGUCAACAAUGAGGGCGAGGGAGACCCCUUCUACGAGGUGAUGGGCAUUGUCACCCUGGAGGACGUCAUCGAAGAGAUCAUCAAGUCUGAAAUUGUGGACGAGACGGAUCUUUACACUGACAAUCGGACGAAAAGACGAGUGUCGCACCACGAGAGAAAACAGCAGGACUUUUCCAUCUUCAAAGUGGCAGAAAAUGAGCUGAAUGUGAAGAUCUCGCCCCAGCUGUUGUUGGCAACACAUCGUUUCUUGGCCACAGAGGUGGAGCCAUUCAGGCCGUGUCACCUGUCGGAGAAGAUCCUGCUCCGUCUCAUCAAGCAUCCCAGUGUGGUGCAAGAACUCAAGUUCAACCCCAAGAACAAACACGCUCCUCAACACUACCUCUUCCAGAGGAACAAACCUGUCGACUACUUCGUCCUCAUCCUGCAGGGACGAGUGGAGGUAGAAAUUGGAAAGGAGGCCCUCCGCUUUGAAAAUGGAGCAUUUUCCUACUAUGGCAUGCCAGCACUCAUCCCACCCCUGCCAAUCGGUCAGAGGUUUUGUUCCCGCAGCAGCGGUCUGAACCAAUCAGACUCGCUGCUGAGUGGAGGCAGCGUGGGUCAGCUCUCAACGGGAGGGUUCUACUUACCGGACUACUCAGUCCGACAGCUUACAGACCUGCAGAUCAUUAAGAUAAUAAGGACCCACUACCAGAACGCCCUGACAGCCACAAGAAUGGACAGCUCCCCUCAGACGCCAGACCCAGUGGAUGGAGACGCUAAAGGGAGGCCGCCGGUCUCAGAGGCUCGCUCGCACAGCAUCGCCCUCCCCCUCACCAACACACACACCCGACUGGGACUGGCGCGCCUUGCACAGCUUCAUCCCAACAUGGGCCUUAGAAACACCUCGCAUCUCAAUCAACGAAAUAGGAUUGUUCGCAGUAAAUCAGACGGCCAGAGGAGUCCCAAUGACACAGUCUUCCUCCGCAUGGACGACAUUCCCUACAUCCAAGAGGAUCGACCGGAGAAUUACGGAGAAAAUGACGUGCCUACAGACUCUCAGACGUCCACCUCUCCUUACGUCAGCUCUCGCUCGCUCUCCAGCUCGGAGGAAAACAUAGGAAAGAAGCUUUUGCGUAAACUGAGUAACAAGAGGAGGAAAAAGUCUCGGGAUGCAGAGCAGAGUUUGGAGGAAUGUGCGGAGCAGCCACCAGUGACAAGCUAGCACAGUGAUGGCACACAUUUUCCCUUCCUACCCAACAGUCCCGUCUCAUAACGACUCCCUAGAUGCGCCGGCACCUCCCUGCAGGAGACUGAGCCAUUAUUAUGUGCUGUAGUUACCAGUGUACUCAGGUCCCCACUGACACUCUGCCCCAAAUCUGCCUCCCUUCGCACCUUUUGCGACUGCUGACAGGAAAAAAAGGGAACUAACGCGGGAAAACAGCAAAAAAUUCCCAAUGGCACUAAAUUGGUUAAACCAGCCUUUCACUGGGAACUAAACCUGAACUAAAGCCUGUCACUGAAGCCGUAAAACGUCACUUAAACAUCAGCAUAGCUUAUAUUAUUAGCCCCUUUCACACAGAUCACCAAAAAUAAGCUGCCUUUUGCACAGAACUCACCGAGGGAGGGAAGUUGUGCGCUUCUACACAGCAGCAAUUGCAGUCAACACAACAGGGCAGGAAGAGGGAGUGUCCAUGUGAAAGUUUCCACCUGCGUUCCAGCAUUCCCUUUUUACACAGACACCAUCCCGCCUCCGUUGCAGCUCUGAUACUACCGCCUUAAAAUUGGCAGGAUGACUUUGCUUCACCAUUCCUUGUCUGUAGCCGCUUUCACGCUGCCCUUAAAAGCUGGAUUUUCCCAGCUUAUUUCCCCGUGUCGCUGUUCUGUGCGAACAGCACCACCGCGGAAUGGAAGGACAACGUCAACCCGCCCAUUUUCCAGCUUCGGAAGUAGUAUCAGAGUGUAACAGAGGCGGAACGUCACCUGUGUGAAAGCAUAUUCCACAACGCCGGGCUAAUUUCUUCUUGGUUUGUUGUGUUGGAAGCAAUUCACCGCGUUCAAAGCGUGAUUGUGUGUCACUGCACAAAGCGCUCACAGUCCGGCUUUAGCCGAGUUAUGCGUAAAAGGGCAAAGACGGCUUAUUGCUGUAAUCUCUGUCGCGGCUAGUUUGCAGAAUCUCUGUGUGACAGCUGCGUUCUGUGUGAAAUGCACAGACAAAUAAAUGCGGGAUGCGGCAAUUUGACAGGAUUUCUGUGUGAAAGAGGCUUGUACGCGGAAAACUGGCAGACAAUGGGCAGCGUGAAAGGUGCUAAUAAUUGCAUUUCUGAAUCACUUCUGUCAGAGCACGUUCUUGUGACAAUUUAGAAGGAUAUUAUACACAAACUUGGUGUAUUUUCAUAGAAAAUGUACAUAUUUUGAAGGGUAAUGACGCUUUAUUUAUUUUUUUGCAAACAAUAAUCCCCUGACACAAACCGCAAUGAAAUGAUGGCAUUUGAUAGCAUUUCUGAGGAAAAAUGCAAGAUUUGAACAGCGUGUCUUCCUGGUAGCGCACAUGCAAAAAAAGUGCUGAGCAUUUUGUACAAUUUCCUACUAAAUCGUCAUGAGAACCUGUUGACUGGUAUGAACAUGUGGUUAAGGCAGCCAAUGAAAUACAGUGCUCACACAGCGUAAUGGUGCCAUCUACUGCCAACAAAUGAAGAUGACUACAGUACACAGCACACUUUUUGCACCGGAUUUAAAAAAAACAACAACAAAAAAAACAAGAGCCAUAUUCUCUUGAACUUGAAUGACUACUAAUUCUAACUCCUGCACUCUUUUAACGGGGUUUGCACAACUUUCAAAAUGUGUAUUGGAAAUGAGACCAUUUCUUACCUGUUUUUUUUAUGAUAAUAAUAUGACACUUACCAAAAAGGCAUUGGAAAAGAGCAAUAUCAGUCAUUGUAUGUACUGUACAGUAUCACCAGACAUAAGUGGGGUAUUUCUGUUGAUGCAUGCGCACAGGUUUGUGUGGUCUCUGCUUGCGUAGAGCAAUAACUCAUAGCCCCGCUACUAUAUUGUUGCCAUAACAACAAACGUACACUACCGCUUGAUAAAAAGUGGAACCUCCAAAGUUAAACACCCACCCGAUACCGUGCAAUUUGGAGUUUGACCAAAAAUUUGUUCGAAACGCCGAUACGCAUAACAUCGAUUGUUUGUUUUUUUGCUUUUUUGUGACAGUUAUUAAUAAUAAGAAGGAUGGAUUCGAUUUUAUGGCGUGAACACAUUAUUCAUUCACUCCUCAGUCACACACUGGUGGUGCUAAUGUACAUCUGUACCCCCAGCUGCCCCGAGGUAGUGUGACGGAAACGUGGCUGCCAAUUCCCGCCUACGGCGUCUCCGACCACCACCAAAUAUCCAUUCACAUUCAUACCGGUGUGGGCAGCACGGUGGGUGAACUGUCUCGCCCAGGGACGCAACGACAGCGAGUGGAGGCCGCGAGGACUCAAACGAGCGGCCUGCUUUGCCUUGCUGAGCCACUGCUGCCCAAAAGAAGGAGGAGCUUGUGUGACUGUUAAAAUGCGACUUAAAACUUGGGACUCGAUGGUGACGGUUUGACCUCGCAACAAAUUAUUUCUUCAGCAGUAACUCGGUUUUUGUCAUUCAUUUGUUCCAAAAGGUCAGAUAAAAACCAAAACGUAUGAAAACCGAGGCAAAAAAAUCUCAGAAAAUACAGUCGUCCCUCGUUUAUCACGGUUAAUUGAUCAGUACAUUUCUGCUAAUUAGGAUUCCUUAUUUAUAAAUGGAAUAUUUUUGUAGUUAGAGCAUAUAAAACCUGUUUAAGACCUUCUAAAUGUGUAUUUUUAGCAUUAUUAGAGCCCUCUAGACAUGAAAUAACACUCCUAUGCACUUUUACACUUGUAUUACCAAAAAUAGUUGACAUAAUAACAGCAAAUAAGAUGUCUUAGACAUAAAUCAGACAUUACAUAUACUACUGCAACGGUGCAGUGAACAUUCACACAGGAGCUGCUGUCAGCCACAACUCAUGCCACCCACUGACACUCUCUACACUGCUAACCAUGCUAACACUCAGCAGCUCUACAGCAGCUGGCUGAUGUCACUUCCCAGACCCCGCCUCGUAAAGGCGCACACAACGUCACAAAUAUUACACUACUGUACAUCUUCUAAAUGCAUUGUAUUUGCAUUUUCGUUCAAUUAGCCAUUUCAAUGAUUGAAAAUGCUUAAUUUAGCCCAUGAACACGUACAAUGUGCUUAUAUAUGCAUAUGUUUUGUGAUCAUUUAUUAAUGCAGUUUUGAAAAACCGUGAUACAGUGAGGGCGUGAUGUUGUUGCGAGGGAUGACUGUUGUGUAAGUCCAAUUCAUUAAAAACACCCAAAAAUAUGAACAAAAAUACAUUUUAUAGAGAAUAGUAGGAGUUUUACAUGCAGAAAAAAUUGCAAAGUUAUUAUAAAUGGUAAAUGGAUGGAACUUAUUGUUGAUACAGGCUUCCUGUACAUCAUGGCGAGAUCAAAUGCAAUCGUGUUUCUCACCUUUAUCAAAUUGCUGGCACUCGCAACUUUCUUUGGCCCCAUGGCGGGUUAUUUGCAGCCGCAGUCACGCUCAAUAAUAAAUGCACGGGCCUUGAGUCAGGGACAUGUAGGGUGCUUUGACACAGGACAGGGCAAACGGACUAGUUUGUUAAGUGCAAUACUGUACAAAAACUGAGGCAACAUUUUAGCAUAAAUUUUAGCAACGGAAAGGGAGGUUUGCCUGCAUUUCGAUGAUUUCCAAUGGGAAAAAUUAUUCUGAAACUGGGCUUGUGUUCGCCCUUGGAGGUUCCACUGUAUUACAAGGCAUUUACAAAAGAAGUCCUUUUUAGUGGCUUUUUAACACACUUUACUUCCUACUUGAGCCAAAAUGAUGACAGGGAAAUUAGUUUCUAAUGGCAUCUGUUUCGAUGAAAAAGAUCUAUAUUUGGCACGGGUGCAUCCAGAGCAUAUCCCGACAGGAAGUCACGUGUCAAUAUGUGCGUCCCCAAAGCAUUCUGACACCACCCUGCAUCUUUUUAAAAACACAUAUGCCUGUUUUUCACUGAAGCUGCCUACAGACCAAUUAAGGAUAAGCUAACAAUGUUUUGGGAGGGAAGUUCUAUUUGCAUGUUUGUUUAUGCUGCCUAUAAAGUAGAAUUGCCCCCCCCUUUAGAGGGUGCGUUUGCAUGCUGGGGUGGGGUAGGGGCGGGUGCAUGAAUAGGAUAACCUCAACCCUGCUGUAACUUCUCCCAUAAAGAGACUCCCAGUGUUGCUUGUGUACAGACCUCGCUAAGGUCCUUAACUUGAUCAAAUACGGCUGCAUUUCCUAUAGCUGCUAUUGCCAUGUGAAAACAGUUGCUUAUGGGGAGGCUCACGGGGACAUUAGAUACCACUCAAGGACAUUUCAAGCCAUUAUUUAGGAAGCUAGAAGGGGAGUUAUGAAAUAGUAAUGCAUCUAUUAUAACUAAUGCAGCCACUUAAGCUGGCUUUUGGUUUAUCUGCUCUGAAAAAAAGUUGGAUCAAUAUAAAAGCAAUAUGACGCAAGCAUCGACGUCAAGUUCUUUUAAAACACACAUGAAUACAGGUUGGUUGGAGCCGUCCAUUCUGCCUGCAAGGGGAGAGAGUACAAAAGGAUACUGCACUGCUCAGCAUUUGGCAUUGACCCCACUGUGUACACAAAGUGUGCAAAAAAGGGGAUGUUUUUACAGGUUUUGCCUCUGGUGAAUUGAUCCACGCGUGUUUACCGGGGAACCCUGCAAAGUCAUUUGGAUGUUCAUGUGCUGUUACCCAAAGAUAAUUACAAAACAGAACAAUGAUAAAUCGUUUAUCAUAAACAAUAAACUAGCAGAGCUACUA